CACCCACAUCGAGUUCCAACAUUCCAACUACAUCCCAAAAUCCCAAACGCAAACCACAAACAAACACCAUCACAGACCUGAAACACUGAGAAGUGAGCAUCACUUUGAGCUUGAAAAUGCCUACAAAAGCAAUGAGAAGCCUCUUCUUUCACCCAAAAGCGCCAUCUUUUUCAUUUUCAUCUCAGUCUUCCCCAUCAAGAAGCUCAAUUUCAUUCCCAACCCCACAGAGCAGCAGGAGCGCUUGUUCUAACAUUUCGGAGACGAUGGUGGACGAGAUGUUGGAAAACGCAGCCGUUAUGAUCAUGAAAUGGAACCCUGAAUCCUCUGCAUUCGGGAGACUCACCUCCUUAUUCUACGAGAGCAAAAAGGAAGCUCAACAAUACAUCAAGUGCGUGAACGAUCUCCAGAGAGUCAUGCAAUUCUUGGUCUCAGACGAUCCCACCUCCGAAAAAUUGGUUCACGCCCAGAGCCUCAUGCAGAUUGCAAUGAAGCGGUUACAGAAGGAAUUUUACCAGAUUCUUUCUAUGAACCGAGCUCAGUUGGACCCCGAAUCAGUUUCGUCCCGGUCCAGGUCUUCCCGCUCCGCUUCCAGCACAUCAGAUGACGACAUCGAUGACGGAGAAGACAAGGAUUUUGCAGGAGAUACCAUCUCCAAUGUGGAACAAGCUUCUUCCAUGGCCAUGACUGACCUCAAAUCCAUAGCGGAAUGCAUGAUCUCCUCCGGUUACGCAAAGGAGUGCGUUCACAUCUACAAUAUGAUAAGGAAAUCAAUCAUAGACGAAGCUAUGUAUAAGCUCGGAGUGGAGAGAAUUUCCUCUUCUCAGAUCAAUAAGAUGGAUAGGGAAAUUCUCGAGCUCAAAAUCCAGAGUUGGCUUAAUGCGGUGAAGGUGUCUAUGACAACACUCUUUUACGGGGAGCGAAUCCUCUGCGACCACGUUUUUGCCGUCUCAAAAUCCAUCAGAGAGUCUUGCUUCGCUCACAUAGCCAGAGAAGCCGCCACUCUUCUCUUCGGUCUUCCUCAAGUAUUCGUCUCGAAGAGCAAGAAGAACUAUCCAGAAGAAUUCAUCUUCCGUCUUCUCGACAUGUACACCGCAAUUUCCGAAUACUGGCCGGAGAUAGAAUCUAUCUUCUGUUUUGAGUCAACCGCCACAGCUCGGUCUGAAGCACUCAACUCGCUCAUCCGACUCAGUGAGUCAGUUCGCUCAAUGCUUUCCGAAUUUGAGACUUCUAUUCAGAAAGACUCGUCAAAAUCCCCGGUCACCGGUGGUGGAGUCCAUCCUCUGACUCUCCGCGUGAUGAGUCACCUCUCUCUCCUCACCGAUUACAGCAACGUGCUGGCCGACAUUUUCAUUGAUUGGACACCUCCGGCGAAGCUGCCCCUGCCGGAGUCUGAAGACUCGUCGGUGUCGGCUAUAUCUCUCCGUAUGGUUUGGCUCAUCCUUGUCCUUGUCUGCAGGCUCGAUGACAAAGCCAAACAGUACAAGGAAGUGUCCUUAUCGUACCUCUUCCUCGCAAACAAUCUCCAACACGUAAUCUCAAAAGUCCGUACUUCAAAUCUUCAGUUCCUUCUCGGCGAGGAGUGGAUUUCGAAGCAUGAAGCGAAGGUGAGACAGUUUGCGGCGAACUACGAGCGGUUAACUUGGGGAGUUGUGCUCUCAACAUUGCCUGAAAAUUUGUCAGCGGAGAUGUCUUCGCAGGAAGCGAGGUUGAUUUUCCGCAACUUCAAUUUCAGUCUCGAGGAGACGUUUCAGAAACAGAAGUUAAAUGUGGUAGCUGAUGCGAAACUCCGAGACGAAAUCAAGGCGUCGGUAAAAAAGAAGCUUGUCCCGGUUUACAAGGAGUUUUACGAUACACAUAAGGUUUCGGUUGGUAGUGUGAGAAAUGUGGCGAUGUACGUCAGAAUAACUCCCGAAGAUGUUGCACAUUACUUAUCGGACUUGUAUUAAGGGAAUGACGGAUCCUCAUGUUUUUUCGGCGAAGUUUUGUAUCUAAUCGCCGGCACAGAUGUAUAGAGAAAAAUUGAAAAUAGAUCGAUGAAAACUGUAGAGUGAUUCAUUAUGAUUGUUAAUAUUGUUCAAGGACUUACUCUGUUCUUAA